AUGAUUUUUAUAUUACUUAUACAAAUCUCUUAGUCUUUAAGUAUCUCUCAAUUUUUGGAUCUUACACCCUUUUAAAUUUAGAAAUUGAAAAUAGAAACACUUUAAGAAUACUUUAUGUCAGGUUCAAUAUAAGGGUAUGUAGGAUUAAAUGAAUAUUCUGAUUUAAUUGAAAAAUUGGCAAAUUCAUUUCCUAAAUAAGUAACAUUACAAUCCUUUGGGAAUACAUAUCAAGGAACAUAAAUAAAGACAAUCAAAAUUUCAGCAUCUAAAUCACCAAAAUAUUAAAUUACAAUCAUAGGAAUGUUGCAUGGUAGUACUGAUUUAAUAUCAGUUAAUUAUCUCCUUUAUUAAUUAUACUAUAUAACCAUAUAACUUUCUAAUAAGAAUCCAUUUAUGAUAACAUUACUUUAAGAUAAAUAAUUAUGGAUUACUCCAUUAAUAAAUACAGAUGGAUUACAAUAUAUAACAUAUUAAUUUAGUCAAACUUUUAAUAUACCUCUCAUAUAUAAAAAUAGAAAUCCUUCAAAUUAUAACAAAUGUUCAUAAACUGAAUUAGGUGUAGAUCUUUCAAGAAAUUUUCAAUUUAAAUUUGGAAUCAAUGAAAUAGGAUCAUCUUCAAAUAAAUGUAGUUAAAUCUAUAGAGGAAGAAAUGCCUUUUCUGAAUCUGAAACAUUAGCAAUAGAUAAAUUAGUUUAAUAGAUAAGACCAAAUAUUUUAAUUGUAAUUGGAGGUGAAUUUGAUAAUAUAAUUAUUCCUGAUUUGAAUUAAUAGACUUAUUAAUAAUUGCUUAAUUAAGUUUCAUAAGCAUAUAAAUUAAAAAUGGGAGAUUAUUAAACAUUAUAUGAAAUUGAAAUUAAUGGAGAUUUAUGUUAAAAUUAUAUUUAUCAAAUCAAUAACAUAUGUUUUACUAUUAAUAUUGGAUAAUAUACAUUAAAUUAGACAAUCCUAAACUACUAAAAUCUUUUAUUAGAUUUUUUAUAACAUUACAGUCCUUCACUACAGUAAAUGAUAUUUAUAUAUAUCUAGAAUAUAAUUCGAAAAACAAUUUAAUUGUUAAAAUCGUAAAAUGCUAUGUAAUCAACUUGAGUCUAAUGAAAAAGGUUGUGUAAUAAUAAUAUCAGUUAAAAAUAUAGGAUAUAAUCAAUUUAAUGAUAACAUAAUUAUGGAUAUUACAUUGAAUUAAGGUGGUGAAAAACUAUAUCAAAUUGAUUCUUAUUUAAUUGCUUAAAACAUUAAAAAUAUAAGUGAUUCUAAAUUAGAAAAUGGAAUUGAAAUUGAUGAAAUAUCCACAGAUCGAGUUUAUAGAUAUUAAAUAAUUAAUAACAGAAGAUUAAAUCAAAAUUAAACACUUUACUUUAUCUUCUUAAUCACUUAAUAUGGAUUCUCUUAUAAUUAUAUUAAUACUGUUGAAUCCAUUGAUUUAACAUUCUCACUCUAAAAUACUUUAUUGAAUACAUAAGUGCUUAAAACAUUAACACCUUCAGAUUUAGCUGCUAAAAAGUCAAAUGAACAACUACAAUAAAUAUUUCCUAAUCGAUCUGAAUCUUAUGUUUUAUUAAUAUGUUUUGCAGCUAUUUCAGUUAUUUUCUUUUUCUCAUGGAUUAUUAGAAAAUUAUAUAUUUGGAUAUAUGAUCCACAUUAAUUUAUUGAAGAAAGUAAAUCUAAAAGUGGAGGAUCAUCAGAUGAAAAGAAUUUAGAUUAAUUUCAAUCUCAUAAUCUAAUAGAAAGUAGAUUAAAUACAUAAGUCAAAUUAUCAUAAGUUGCUCCAUUUAAAUCAAUAAGAUAGAAUGAAUCACCUCCUUUGAGUAAAGGGACUAUUAAUUAAGGAUAAUAAGAAUAAAAAAGAAUUGGUAAUUAAUUAUUACCUCAUCUAAAUCCUAUUGAAAUUGAAAAUAGAGUACAUAAAGCAUUAGAAAUUGUUCAAUCAUAAGAAGAUUUAGAUAAAUAAGAAUAAGAAUAAUAGAAUUAGAAUAUUAAUUAAUAUUAUAAUAUAUAAUAAUAGAAUUAACAUCAUUUGGAAUAAGAAGUAUUAGUAAAUACUCCAAAUAUUAAAUAAAAUGGUUAAAAUGAAGAUUAAUUAGUUAAAUUUGAAGAUUGA